AUCUACAAAAAAAAAAAAAAUUCUUUCCAAUGGCUAGGAUCUUUCCAAGUCAGGCUGUUCACACAUAAAAUCACAUGCUAUAAAAAGUCAAAAAGUCAAACAUUACAGAGCUUUGUCGGACACUUUGACGGUGAAGCCCCUCUCCUCCAUGUCAAACGCAAUUGCCUCGGGUCAAGAUCCGGAUCCGGUCUCAUUCCGAACUGACCCUCACGGUUCUGGCCACCCUGACCUCGAUACAAUCACUGAUCCUCUUCUUCAAAACGGCUCCUAUAUCGACCCUAGUAACAACCUCCCUACCAGCGGACAGACCACAAUCAAACCAAAUAAAGAUAAUCAACAAGCGGCUCCGCAGUCUUCUAGCUCAGCGAAUGGCGUGGAGGCCGAGACACCGGUUAAAUCUCGGAGGAAAGUACCAGUUACGAUGGCGCCAGGGUCUGCUGAAUCGGCGAGUUGGUUGCCGCCGGGAUGGUUGGUUGAAGAUCGGGUUAGGACCUCAGGUGCAACAGCUGGCACGGUAGAUAAGUAUUACAUUGAGCCUACGACAGGUCGCAAAUUCAGGUCCAAGAGAGAGGUUCAGUAUUAUCUGGAAACUGGAACUCUGAAGAAGAGAAAGAAAGGAGCUGAGAGUUCUGAAGCUGAUGUUAAUCCACCAGAGAAUUCCGGGAGUCAAAACAACAAGAAGGCUGCCAAGAAUGCAAAAGGUUCUAUAAUGAAAUUUGAUUAUUUGAAUGUACCUGAUAAGAUCGAAUGGGCUCUUACGGUUGCUAAUGAAGAUGCAUGGACCCCCUUCACUGGAGGGUCUAAGGUGCCUGAAUAUGAGAGGCAGAGUUGGGAAUUUGAGAUGAUGCAUUUCCAUCGCUAACUGCAACGAUUUUAACACAAUGUUUUGAAGGCUUUCAGAAUGCAGCCGAGAGAAUCAUCAAAUAGUAGUCUCACUCUCGUAAAGGCCAAUGACAGGUCUCUUUUUGCUCAUUUUAUAUAUAUA